GCAGCCCACCGGCCGCCGCGGCCGUGCGCUACGUUCAAGAUAUUUAUAAUGUGCCUUGUAAAAUCUUCACGAUGUGAGGGUGCGGACUGCUCGUAUCAGACAAUAAUCCGUGGUGUUGUUAUGUGAUUGGAGGUGUACGGGACCUGUCAACGAACUGCGAUCGAAGAUUCACCAUCUUUGGCAGCGGAAGCGAGGGCGGAUGUCCCGCGAUGGACAACCCAUCAUACUUCGCGUUCCCUGACAAGGAUGUCACUGACAACGCGGCGCCUAUACCUGGUCCGGAGCAGUUCUCCAGGUCGGCUCCCGCGCGGACUUGGGUAGAUGGACGGCCACUGAGCUCGCCGAGAAGACGGGAGCCCGAGAGUCCAAGGCGCAAGGAGUUUCGGGCGCUGCUGAGGUCGCUGUCUGCUAAGGAGCCCGAGCAGGCCGAGGCCUUCCUCAAGGGCCAGCCGAGGCCAGGGGACUGCGCCCCCGAUGAUAUGAGACACACCUUCACAGCACCCAGAAUAAAGAAGGGCAAAAUAAGCACCAAAGUCGUCACUUCCGAUGGCACGAAGGAGCACGAGGAGGUGUUCUACACGAUCCCCCUGCAGGGGCGUCGUCGGCACUCCGUGGGGGGGUACCUGGCGACGGGCGGCGCGGGGGAGGGGGAGGUCACCACGGUGCCCAGCGAGGUGCCCAAGAUGCCGCCUCCGAGGUUCAACCACACGGAGGAGGAGGGAGUUAAGAGACGGCGGCCGAAGAACUUCACGUUUAAAGAAAUGGAAGACAUCGCGAUAUUAUGGAGCUCAGCGUCACAGGAAAGCGGCAUGUGGUCGGAGUACCUCGUCGCCAGCUUCGACAAGAUCAUGUCGCAGCGUGCCAGACACCACUACAGAGUUACCCCCAUAACUACAGAAGAGUUACUGUCAGCGGACUCGCAGGAAAAGCUGGACAAAUUAUGCAAAGCUCAGCUGCAAAUAGUAAUCCUCUGCCCGCACCUGCUAAACAAAAUGGCCGAGCUGAAGAAAACGCUGAAAGCGGACAAUCUCUUUAAAGUAGAUAAAGUAUUGGUGAUGUUGCUCGGUGUUGAGAAGAACGACGUCGUCAAAAAGAAUAGUGAAGACUACCCAUCGAUAGAUCAGUGGCAAAUGAUGUUGGUCCGCGAGAAGGACACGUCGUUCGUCGAUACAUUCCUGACCGCCGCAGUGGGCAUACUGAGGACCAAAGACUGCAAGGACACUGCUACUGAUAAGACUAGCUUCUCCAUUGUACCAAAGAAAGUUAAAAUAGGUCAAAGUCGAGUGAUAGCGUUAUUGAACGACCCAAUUCGAGAGGAGGACAGCAUCAAGAUAAUGGUGGACAAAAAAGGCGAGGUGAUACACAUACCGACAUACAAAAAGAGAAACCCUUAUACGUUGCAGUUUGAUAUACCUGAAUCGUGCCUAGAAGUAUCCAUGUUAGUUUGGGUACGAGUGAGCAAGAAUGGGCAGUCUCUGGGAAGACGACAGAUCAAGUGCGAGAGUCGAUUGAGAGAGUUGGACCAGCUGCUCCGAGCGUCUGACCAUCCCUUGGAGUUCAUGUGUCAGACACUCGGCUUCAAAACAACGAGCAAGGAGCAACUGGACAGCUGGAUGUUAAACGCCUUCCAGAAGAACAUCCCACCACACUUCAACCUGCUAUCCUCCACCGACCAGUUCAACCCUAAAGCUGACGUAUCAAGCGGAGAGGAGUACCCUACACUUCUUCACUGGGCGGCGCGGUUCGGUUUGGAGCGCGUGUGCUGGCAGUUACUGGAGUGCCCUGGAGGGGGCGCAGCCCUGGCGCUCCGCAACGCGCGGCGUCGGACGCCCGCCGACCUCGCGAGGGACCACCAUCACACGAGACUGGCGGAUAUGCUGGCUGAUCACAUGAAAAUAAAUGAAUUUUCCAACAUGUACUACUAUUUGAAGAACAUGUCGGAUACCGACAAAGAAGACGAAAUCGACGAAGAGAAGCAGAACGAACACGAGCUUCGCAUCGUCGAGUCCUCGGAUACCGUGGACUCCCCGACCAAAGUAACCGACGAGAAGGAAAACUUAGACGAUUCAACGUCCGAUCCCUUCAGCGAGGCCUGCACGAACACCCUCGAGGAGAAUACGAGCAAGACCGAGGACUACAAGAAGCCUCGACCGUGCCUCCAGAUUCCGAAGGUCAAGGAGCAGUUCUACCAGAACGACUGCAUCGCCUUCCGCGACGCCACUGCCGACAGAAUCCAGCAGGCCCUGGAGCACGAUUAUCUAGUCCAGCCCUCCAACAUCAAGGUGGAGAGCCCCAAGUUCAGACCGAACAAUUUGUACGCGAACAGCUCGAGGCUGAUGCCGCAACAGUCCGACAUUUUCCUGUACUCCCCCACCGAGGAAUCGAAGGCUUUCACCAUCGAUACCCCGACGAGUGACAUAAGCCAAAUCAACCUCAACACCAGAGACGCGAGAAACAGCGGGAGCAUAAAGUCGGGGAAAGACGCGACCGGGCAGGAGGAGCUCGCGGAGAUAAUUAACGACUUCAAGAACAACGUCUUUACCAUAUCCGAAGUCGAGAAACUAGUCAUGGAGUGGAAGAAUAGAAACGAGACCCAGCAGUCCCUGAAGGAGAAGCAGGAGCAGCUGAACAAGAUGCGGGAGGAGUACGACAAGAUACAGCAGAGGAUCAAGGACAACAUGAAACGACCGACGCCCUUCGAAAGAGUCAAGAAAAUGUUCUCCAAAAGCAAGAGCAAACAUCAUGAUCACAGCACUGGUACCAUAGAGAAAAGAAAUGGAAGCACCAGACCGAAUAGCAGUUUAAGUGACAGUUCUUCAUCAUCGGGCCGUCUCAGCACCGUCAGCGGUGGCAGCGUCGGAGAGACUAACAGCGUGCAGUCGGAGAUGGACGACAAAGCCAGAUCUAUUAUAUCUUCGAGUACCCUAACGAUGAACUCGGCGUGUGAGGGUGAGAACCGCCUUGACGACUACUUGAUACCGCCCCCGCCGCGCCCGCUCAACGGAUGUCCACAAUUCACCACCUUCGGACAUCCCAAACAGGAGACGAGGAGUCAGCACAUGGCGACGAUAGUUGAGCGCGAGGCGUCCCUGUCGCGGGAGAGACUGGACGAGGACAGCUCGACGCACCUGCGACUAAACUUCUCGUCGCGCGACAAAUCGCGCUUCGACGACCGCGACGGCGCACACAUGUACAUGAACAUCUCCGCUGCACACAUGUAAAGCAUUUUUUACGAAAAUUAAACAAUAUUUUUUUUCAAAAUAAUGGAUAAAUACAGUAUGUUGUUGAAUCGACGAAAAUCAUUUGCAAAUUGGUUUUACAUCAUCCAUAGAUAAUAAUAUUUAAUAAAAAA